AUGCCGGGUCUGUGGGCCACCCUAGACAGCAUGGGUGGUCUUUGGCAAGGCAGCUUUCUUCAGCAGGCAUCUUUUUAUGGCGAAAGCUACGUGGGGCUCAGCAUCACGGAAGUCUCCUCUGGGCUGUCGCUUCAGUUGAGAUUUCAAACCAGCAAGUCACAAGGCGUACUUUUUCUUGCAGCUGGGAAAAUCGACUAUUGCCUAAUAGAGCUUCUGUCGGGAAUAUUACAGGUGAAAAUAAACUUGGGUACGGGUGAACAGCUUCUCCUUUCUGAGCACAGAGUUCGUGUGGACAAUUUGGCGUGGCAUUCGGUGGAACUGUACUAUGGCAAGGAUAAGGUUCUCUUGGUUAUUGACAAGCAGUACGAGACAACUGGCCAGCGGGAUGGAGGGAUGCAGAACUUCACAUUUCACCAUGGAGUCUAUGUAGGAGGUCGCGGGGGACUCAGCGUCCCUUACCUGGACAGAAAGACCCCCAACUUCCGAGGAUGCAUAGAGGGCGUGGUGUUUAACCAGAGGGAGGUCCUUACUUCCCUUAGGUCUUAUCCUGGCUUCAAGAAGGUUCAUGAGGUAUCGCUGGGAUGUAACCAUGAGUUUUUUGCUGGGAAGAAUGAAGCUAUUAGCUUUUUCAGUUCUAGGUCCUAUGUCGCCUUUCCAGAAUGGAGGGUACAGGAGGAAGGGACACUGAGAUUUGCUGUGCAAACUGGAACCCAGCAAGCUUUGCUUUUAUUUCAGUCAGGCAGAGGAAGAGAUUUUGUUGCCUUGGAAAUACACGAGGGCCUCCUGAAGGCUCGUGUGGGGAAGGGAGAAACAAAAACACAGCUUUCAUCGUCCCGCUUGGUUAGUGACAACAAGUGGCACGUUGUUCAACUCAGAGUCACAAGGAGGCAUCUGGACCUCACGGUAGACGAACAAGGGGUAAGGGCCACGCUGCCUCUGCAAAACCAAGCAUUGGUAUCUGAAGGCCCCCUGUUCGUGGGAGGCCUGAAUCACCGGAUGUGGGAAACAGUGCGGCGGUUAGAACUUGUGUCUCUGCCUGGGAAAUCUGCUCGGGGCAUCGCUCUGAAAGGAUGCCUGAGAGCCUUGGAAGCAAACUUGGACAAGAGAGCUUUAAGGGAUGCAGUGGUUUCCAAAGACAUUUCUGCUGGGUGCACAAGUGAGGGCGUCCAUGAUCAAGAUCCUUCCUCAACAGCAGCGCAAGACCUGCCUCAGCUAGAGCCAGCCCCUUCCACCGCGCUUCCCAGUUCCAGCUCUCUUCGGGAAAACGGAAGUGGCGGUUUUUUGGUUUUGAAUAAGUUGGAAGUCCAAGAAGGUGGACGGGCCUUAUUGGGACAAAAGCAUAUAAAAGUGAAUGUGGACUUUCUGGAUCUGGGUAUCAACCAUUCUCAGAUUCUGUUUAAAAUACAGGAAAUGCCAGCUCAUGGUUUCCUUCAAAUAGAUGUUCGGCAUGCACCAGAAAUGGAGAGGACUUUUACUCCGUUAGAUCUGGCGCGUGGGAAAGUGUGGUAUGUCCACGAUGGCUCGGAAGAGCCUGCAGAUUCCUUUACGUUUUCGGUUUUUUCUAGUAGCGAGAAGGCAAUGCCACCCCAGCUGCAGGAUCCCAUUCCGCGUGUUCUUAAUAUUGUAGUCAUUCCAGUGAACGACCCCCCAUUCCUUAAGCUCCCAGAAGGACACUUGCUCCUUCUGGAGAACUCUAAGAAACAGCUGACCCCCAAUGUGGUACAGGUGUCAGACCCUGACACCGAUUCGCGGCAUCUCAGGCUUUCAGUUCUUAGCGACCUCAGCAUGGAUGCUGGGUUUUUAGAAAGUGCCGACGACCCUGGCAGAGCCAUCAAUAGUUUUACACAGAUGGAUUUACAAGCUGGCAACAUUUUCUACGUGCACAAGGGUCAUCGAAACUCUCGGAUUGUUCUGAGAGCAACUGACGGUGAGCUGGUUAGUAAUACUGUGGUGUUACGGGUCAUGGCUGUUCCUUGGGACUUUGAGGUGGUAGUUAGGACUGGCGUGGUGGUACCACAGGGUGGUACGGUUCUGAUCACACAUAGUGACUUGUCGGUGAAGGUGAAUGGCGAACCACAUGAGAUGGACACCCGCUAUGAUGUCACUCGUCCACCUCGGUUUGGCCAAAUUCAGCAUCAGGGAUCCAACGGGGAAUGGAAACAAGUCAGUACCUUUUCUCAACGUUCCAUUGACAGGAGUCAGAUCCGAUACUAUAGUUCAUUCAAAGAACUGCAGCGAGAAAAUGCGACGGAUCACUUUAAAUUUAAAGCUAACGUAGAAGGAAGGGUAAGCGAGGAGCUCCUGUUUCCUGUGACUGUUGAGUGGCUGAAAUUGACACUUCUGAAAAAUGUUCCUCUAGAGAUUAGCAACACAAGCAAGAAAGUAUUGGACUCUGACCAUCUGCAGGCUGGAACAGAGAGCGUGGAAGUAGCUGAGAGGGAACUGUAUUUCAAGUUACUGAUCCCACCCAAGAAAGGAAGCUUGCUACUUGGCAAUGAAGUUCUUCGAACAAGAUCAAUUUUCAGUCAGAAAAAUAUUACAGACUGUAAGGUAAGCUAUGAACCUCAAGGGCGGUCCAGGGAAGACUCACAAGACACUUUCAGUUUUUCAGUUAUUGUAAAACACAUAGAAACAAAAGAUUAUACUUUCAGGAUAAACCUUAAAGCAGAUAAGAUGCAUAUUAUUUUAACAAACACUGGAUUAUUUGUAAAAGAAGGAGAAUGGACAUUAAUCUCAAAAUCAGAACUCUUUGUUCAAACAUUGGCCAAUCAUGCCUUCCAAUAUGAAGUCAUCAAGAGUCCUCAGCAUGGGGAACUGAAAUUGGCCAGCUCCUCUGCCUCUCUGGGAAGUGACAGUGGCAUCAGUGGGUUCACAGAGGAAGACAUAGUGGGUGGAAGGCUGAUGUAUGUUCAUGAUGACUCUGAGACUCAGUGUGAUGAAUUUGUUGUGCUGGCCUCUGCCACAGAUCUGGGCCAACAGGGAGGAGUCAGAAAUCUUGACUUGGAACACGUGUCUACAGAAAUCAAAGUCAGCGUUUCUGUUGAGUUGAAGAAUGAUGAGAAGCCCGUGCGUGUGGUGGAUAAGGUCUUUCACGUUGUGCGGAAUAGCCAGCGCUUACUGACAUUAGCAGACCUCUGCUUCCAUGACCCUGAUGUAGAUUUUGAUGAUGGGCAGUUGCUCUACACUCGGCGUGGUAUACCAAAUGGAGAUUUGGUGAAAGCCAAUGAGCCGUCUCAAAAGCUGUACCAGUUCAGGCAAGAGGACCUCCAGGAAGGGCGUGUGCUCUUCAGGCACCACGGUCCAGACUCUGCCCGAUUCCUGCUGUUCGUGACAGAUGGUGUCCACUACACGUCAUCCCUCUUCGAGGUCAGUGUGUCAGAGGCCUAUGUCCACAUAGUCAACAACACAGGGCUGCUUGUGUCUAGAGGGAGAGACAGCUGUGUCACAACAGCCAACCUGAGCGUCACCACGAACCAAGAUGUCAGAACAGACCGUGACUUUGAAUUCCACAUCUCGCAACCCCCUAAACAUGGCAGAAUCCUGGUCAACAAUUCUGAGUUGCACUCAUUUUCCCAACAUGACCUGAAGCAGGGACACGUGAUUUAUAGGCACAAUGGCGAUGGGAACUUUGAUACGUUUAACUUGACAGCGAAAGUUAAAGAUGCCUGCUUAGAUGUGAGCAUUUGUGUCCAAGUGUCCUUGGAGAGUCACCCUCAUUACACUCAGUUUCUGCACCGCAGCAGCCUUACGGUUGAAGAAGGAGAAGCAGUAAAACUGAGCAGUGGAAAACUCCAGGCUGGGACUGAAGAUGAGAUCCCCUCCGAGACAGUAUUUGUAGUCAGGACUCCACCAAUACAUGGGCACCUCCAAAAAUCUACCACAGAAGAUGGCAGCGUGGGUACAAACAAAAAGUCCACUCUGAGUUUCACCCGGCAGGAUACUGAUGACGGCAAUGUCCUUUAUGUACAGACAGCUCCUGGCCAAAAAAAGGACCAGUUCACCCUAGAUGUGAGCCGGGACUCCCACUUUGUAAGGAGGGUAGAAAUGCGUUUGGAUAUCAUCCCUAAGUGGAUCCCUCUGGAGGUACAGAAUCUCACGGUUCAGGAAGGGGGUUCCAAAGCACUUCUACCAGACCACCUCAGAAUUCCAAGCAAGUAUUUUGAGACUCUUAACUGUGAAUUUGUUCUCCUCGACCCACCAAAGCACGGUUAUGUUCAAAGUUCCAAUUUUCCAAGAGUAAAGCUCAUGAAAUUUUCCAGGAAACAGGUGGAGCAUGGGUUGAUUCACUAUGUUCGUAACGACAGUGAGGAGCUAACGGACAGUCUCACCAUCUUGGCCAGCAGUUCGGAGCUUGAGAAACAGAGUCUGCCUCAGACUCUUUUUGUGACUGUUGAGUCUGUAAAUGACAAGGCUCCAGUAAUAACAGCCAAUAAAAUCCUCCAGGUGUGGGUGAAUUCUGUCACUGAGAUGACCAGAGAUGACCUAUGUGCUGAAGAUGGGGACUCUCCCCCACAGGACUUGGUCUACUGGGUCACUCCUCCCAGCAACGGGCACCUGGCUCUCAAGUCUGUUCCUGGCAGAAGCAUCCAGAACUUCACUCAGGCGCAAAGUGAGGGUAACCUCGUGUUUGUGCACUUGGUAACAAUGUCAGGAGGCUUUAAUUUCCAGGUUACUGAUGGUUUGAAUUUUGCACCUCGGCAAAUCUUUAGCGUCACCGCCCGAGCUCUGAUCAUUAGCUUGGAAGUCAACAGAGGAUUGAGCAUCUUCCCAGGUUCUACGAAGCCGCUUUCGUCUCAGGCCCUGAGAGCUGUUACCAACGAUGACAGGGUGAGAAACAGAGCCAUAACGUUUACAGUUGUCAGCGCCCCUAGGCUUGGGAGGCUGCUGAAGAUGAACUCUGACAACCGUACAGAGGAUGUUUCCAUCUUUACCCAACGUCUGGAUCUAGCUAAUGGAACAGCCUCACUUGCUCUAAUCAUGACGUUGAUGGCAGCAAAGGGCAGUGUGCUGUUGGAACCUGGAAUAACUUUGCAGCUUGUGCUCUAG